AUGGCCUUCGAUCCGCUCCGCGGCUCAUGCUCUUGUGGUCGGAUCGAAUACCAAAUCAAUAUCCCGGACGAUGUGACCGACCAUGCCGAAGUGUACUUCGACAGCAGCCGAGACAAUCGUCGAUUUCACGGAACGCCUCUUUCGGCAUGGCUACGAGUGCCUCUCGACUGGUAUCAAUCCCACACGCUGUCCUUCUUCCCAGAUGAAUCACACUCUUCCAUUCGCCGCGUUCAUUCGCCCCGCCAUGCACCCCAAACCCAGCGUGUCUUCUGUGGCUACUGUGGUACACCCUUGACGUUCUGGACAGAGGAGCCCAUCGAAGAAUCUAAUUUUAUGUCUGUCACAAUUGGCAGUCUCCUAGUGGAUGACCAGCGCGCACUGGAUGAUCUAAGAUUACUUCCACGGGACUUUGACGAGGAAGCCCCCCCGUGCGGCGCGGUAGAACGGGGGGGGAUUCCUUGGUUCGAAGAGAUGGUAGAAGGGAGCCGGCUGGGUCGUUUGAUGCGUUCUCGGCGUGGUAUGGGCGUCAGUGAUGAUCAAUCGACUUCAAUUCAGUGGGAAUUCAGUGAAUGGCAUGAUGAUGGAACCGGCGAGGGUGUGUUCCUUCAACAGGAUUCGGACUCAGGCGGAUACUUUAGAAGAAAUAGGAAGCGGGUGAACCAGGCUGAUGCUGAGGUUGAGUCUGCACCGAAGCGCGCAGGGUAA